UUGUCCCUUUUCUCUGCACGGCCAGACACAGCACCACAAGUUCAAGUCACAGAAGACUCGAAUUCACAUCAUUCAAAAUGUCUCACCCGGGUGCUCAGAUCUCCAAGCGGAGAAAGUUCGUCGCCGACGGUGUCUUCUACGCCGAGCUCAACGAGUUCUUCCAGCGCGAGCUCGCUGAGGAGGGCUACUCCGGCGUCGAGGUCCGCGUCACGCCCACCGUCACCGACAUCAUCGUCCGCGCCACGCACACCCAGGAGGUCCUCGGCGAGCAGGGCCGCCGCAUCCGCGAGCUCACGUCGCUCAUCCAGAAGCGCUUCAAGUUCCCCGAGAACUCCGUCUCCCUGUACGCCGCCAAGGUCCAGAACCGCGGCCUGUCCGCCGUCGCCCAGUGCGAGUCGCUGCGCUACAAGCUGCUCAACGGCCUGGCCGUCCGCCGCGCCUGCUACGGCGUCCUGCGCUUCAUCAUGGAGUCCGGCGCCAAGGGCUGCGAGGUUGUCGUUUCCGGCAAGCUCCGUGCCGCCCGUGCCAAGUCCAUGAAGUUCACCGACGGCUUCAUGAUCCACUCCGGCCAGCCCGCCAAGGACUUCAUCGACAGCGCCACCCGCCACGUCCUGCUCCGCCAGGGUGUCCUCGGCAUCAAGGUCAAGAUCAUGCGCGGCUCCGACCCUGAGGGCAAGGCCGGCCCCCAGAAGUCCCUCCCCGACGCCGUCACCAUCAUCGAGCCCAAGGAGGAGCAGGCCGUCCUCCAGCCCGUCAGCCAGGACUACGGCGCUAAGGCCGCCCAGGCCGUCGCCCAGGGCAGCCAGGACAUCCGGGUCGCCGAGCAGGAGGGCGCCACGGAGGAGGCCCAGCCCGCCGCUGAGGAGCAGUAGGAUGGUCCCGGCGACUCUGCCUGGUGAAGUUGUGUGUUGUCUUUUAGCAAAAGGGGUCCUUGGAGAGAUGGGGAACAAGAAAACCCCGGGUCUUUGUGGACUAGAAGGAUGAGACAAGAGGUCGGUUGAUGAUGAUUAUAUCAAGCCACAGGGCAAAAGGGAUGGCGGUCAAACUUAAGGCGUCAAUUGAUCAUUUGCAUCUGCUAAAGGGGCAUGGGAAAAAGGUUCCGUCCUUGUUUUUCCUUGAAUCUUUAAUGAUAU